AUGAUGCUGAAUUCAACUUUGUCUUAUUUUAUUCUUGGAGCUUUUUUGAAUGUUGGAAAUUUAAGAUAUUUCUAUUUCAUGAUAACUGCUUUGGUUUACCUCGUUAUUAUCAUUGUCAACACGUCUCUCAUUGUGGUUAUCUGCAUGAACAGAAGUUUACAUGAACCUAUGUACAUCUUUCUGUGCAGCCUGUUUAUGAAUGAACUGUAUGGUAGUACAGGGUUGUUUCCAUUCCUUCUGAUUCAGAUUCUCUCUGACAUUCACACUGUUUCUGCUUCAUUUUGUUUCCUGCAGAUUUUCUGUUUGUACACUUAUGCACAUGUGGAGUUUUGUAAUUUAGCCGUCAUGUCUUAUGACAGAUAUCUUGCCAUCUGUUGUCCUCUACAAUAUAACACACGCAUGACAUCUAACAAGGCCGUUAUCUUUAUUGCUGUGGUAUGGUUGUAUUCUUUUGUUAAAUUCAUGAUAACUUUAUCUUUAAACAUCCGUCUGACACUUUGUGGAAACAUCAUAAACAGUUUGUAUUGUCAUAACUAUCUUGUUGUGAAGUUGGCAUGCUCUGACACCAAAGUGAACAACAUUUAUGGACUUUUUGGGAUUGUUCUCACUGUUUUAGUUCCUCUGCUUCCAAUCCUUUUUUCUUACAUGACAAUUCUUAAAGUCUGUUUCUCUGGUUCCAGACAAAUGAGACAGAAAGCUGUCAGUACCUGCACACCUCAACUCGUGUCUCUUCUGAAUUUUUCUUUCGGAUGCUCCUUUGAAAUACUUCAGAGUAGAUUUGAUAUGACCGGUGUACCCGGUGGACUGCGAAUCUUUUCAUGUCUGUAUUUUCUCAUCAUACAACCGCUUUUGAAUCCGAUCAUGUACGGACUGCAAAUGUCCAAAAUACGACAUACACUUAAACAUAUAUUCUGUUCCAAUAUGUUGUGCGGUUGUAGAGAUACUGUUUAG